CAAUUUCACCAAUCCACCAUUCCCGUUAGGGUAUUCCUCUGUUUGUAUCUCAAACGGCCGAACGUGUCCAUUCUCCCGGAAAAUUCAAUCAUUUUCCUGGAAAAUCCAUUCCUCCGAUCGGAAUCCCGGCCUCGAUCGCCCCACCUUCCUCUCCCCCCCUCGCGCUUUCCUGAGGGGCGGAGAUCAAUUCAUGCAGAAUCGAAGGAGACAAGGAAUUCGAGAUUUCUAGGGUUGUUUAUCGGAGAAUAUGGCGAGUCAAGGAGGUUCUUCGAGGAGAAGUAUGUCGUUGACGAGCUCAUCUUCGCAGGCGAAGAAGAAAACUUCCGAGAACGGUAGCCUCGACGCGGCCCGAAAAUCUCUAUCUUCUUCUCGUUCCAUGGGAUUAACUGGAGAGCGUACAGUGAGGCGAUUGAGGCUGUCAAAGGCCCUGACAGUACCUGAAACUACAAGUAUACAUGAAGCUUGCCGUAGAAUGGCUGCUCGGAGAGUUGAUGCUUUGUUACUUACUGACUCAAAUGCGUUGCUCUGUGGAAUCCUAACAGACAAGGAUAUAGCAACAAGAGUUAUUGCUCAUGAGUUGAAUCUUGAGGAGACACCUGUUUCCAAGGUUAUGACUAGGAAUCCAGUUUUUGUACUUUCUGACACUCUUGCUGUGGAAGCCUUGCAAAAGAUGGUGCUAGGAAAAUUCAGACAUUUGCCUGUUGUGGAGAAAGGAGAGGUCAUUGCUUUACUUGAUAUAGCAAAGUGUUUGUAUGAUGCCAUUGCACGUAUGGAAAGGGCAGCUGAAAAGGGAAAGGCCAUUGCGGCAGCUGUUGAAGGUGUUGAAAAACACUGGGGAGCAUCUGUUUCUGGUCCUAAUACGUUCGUUGAAACAAUUCGUGAGCGAAUGUUUAGGCCCUCUUUGUCUACAAUAAUUUCUGAGAAUUCAAAGAUUGUAACAGUCUCACCUACUGACACAGUACUAGUGGCAACAAAGAAGAUGCUUGAAUGUCGCAUGAGCUCUGCCAUUGUAAUAGUUGAAAACAAACCACGGGGAAUUCUAACGUCAAAGGAUCUCUUGAUGCGGGUAAUAGCUCAAAAUCUUCCUCCAGAGUCCACUCUAGUGGAGAAGGUGAUGACCCCAAAUCCUGAAUGUGCAAGUGUGGAUACACCCAUUGUUGAUGCUCUGCAUACCAUGCAUGAUGGAAAAUUUCUACACCUUCCUGUCGUCGAUAGAGAUGGAGUUGUAGUUGCUGUUGUUGAUGUACUUCACAUCACUCAUGCUGCUGUAGCUACAGUGGGAAGCACUGCUGGGGUUAGUAAUGAGGCUGCAAGCAAUAUGAUGCAAAAAUUUUGGGAUUCUGCCAUGGAAUUAUCUCCUUUGGGUGAUGAAGAAGAUUCACGAAGUGAAGGUUCAUUGAAAAUGGCUUCUGAAAGUGCUGAGACAGCAAGAUCUCUUCCCUUUCCUUCGUCAAGUCUACCUAAUACCUUUGCUUUCAAGAUUCAAGAUAAAAAGGGCCGAAUGCAUAGAUUCAUUUGUGAUACACGGAGUUUGGCAGAUCUCAUAACUGCAAUCCUUCAGAGGGUGGGGGAUGACAUUGACCGCAACAACCUGCCUCAUAUUUUGUAUGAAGAUGAAGACAAUGACAAGGUUGUACUUGCAUCAGAUAGUGAUCUUGUUGCAGCUGUGGACCAUGCAAGGUUAGCCGGUUGGAAGGGAUUAAAAUUGCAUUUAGAUUAUUCCGGAACACGUGGUCGUAGGAGAGGUUCACGAUCUGCAAAUCUAGAUUAUGCUCAAUCAGAUGCAUGGGCCAACGCGUACACCACUGUUGCUGCUGGUGCUGCUCUGAUCGCUGGGUUAGGCGUUUUAGCGUUCUUGAGGAGGACCGGUGAGUGAUUAUUGUAAAAAAAUACCACAUUUUGUAACAGAUUAUUGGAAGCAGCAGAAACUGGAGUUUCUAUGACUACAAAGGCCAAGCUAAAAUUGUUCAAGAGGCAGUCUCAUGCUGGACAUUUGUUUUUGUUAAUUUAUAUACAUACAUACAUCCAGGGAAACUGAUUUUUUCUCUCCACCCCUGGUUGGCUAUUCUAUGUAUUGCAUGUAUGGUUGUUGCCAAGUGCUGAGAAUUCUUCAACACGGGUUUUGCAGCUUCCUUUCCUCUGAACUAUGGAUUUGUGCAUAAUGAAUAAAUGGAAAUUUUCAUGUUGUUUUCAACGCUGAAA